AUUUUGUUCCCAGACAUUUUUCAUUUUUCCUUCCUUUUUCUUUUGUUUUUGGAUUUUUUUCCACGAUGCUUUUUCUAUUUUGCGAGUGGACAGAACGUAAUGUGCUGGCUAGCGAAGUAGCUAGCUUAGCUAGCUUGGAGACGCUCAACCCCCACAAAUACACGAACGCUGGUUGUGGUUUUUAGAAACACGACGCUGUGGAUGCAUCUUAGCUACUGCUUCAUCCGCCUUUUUUGCAAGUUGGUGUAGCUUUGUUUUUGUAGCCUUUACUGUGAAGACUUUUCCUUGACGGGACUAAUAAUGUUUUUGGCACGCUUCUCAGUCAGCCCACCAGCUAAGUUAGCACUAGCUAACAUCGUCUGAUGCUCUUUUGGUUUUGUAGUCGCUGCUUCAACCUGAUCCAUUAUUGAUUACAGAUUAUCGACGACAGUUCCGUCAGAAUUUUGCAGGUUUUGGUUUUUGCAAGCAGUGGAACUGGUCUGAUUUGCAGUGUAUUUUUUUGUGCUCUUUAAUUGGUGGUUGGCUAACGUUAGCCAUGCUGGCCGGCUUUGAGCCACCGAGGCUGGCGCAGGGCCUGUGUUUCACACUGAAGCCUGACGGUGGCGCUCUGUCGAUGUUCCAGGCGGGUGUGUUAUGGAUGGUUUAGUAUAAAUCGUGAGGGGCGAAGGUGAAGGUCGAGACACCAGCCCAAACUGAUCCCAGCCCACAGUGUCAAACAUCAGACAGACGACAGCCCUGCACACAGACGCUAUGGAUCAUUCACCCACCACCUCCAGCCUAAUGGCCAGCAGCAACGUCACUAACAAGACCGACCCACGCUCCCUCAACUCCCGGGUCUUCAUAGGCAACCUCAACACCCUGCUGGUCACCAAGGGAGAUGUUGAGGCCAUCUUCUCCAAAUAUGGCAAGAUCGUGGGCUGCUCCGUCCACAAGGGCUACGCUUUCGUCCAGUACGCCAAUGAGAGGAACGCCCGGGCUGCUGUUGGCGGGGAGGACGGGAGGAUGAUUGUUGGACAGGUCCUUGACAUCAACCUGGCUGGAGAACCCAAACCUCACAGGUCAAAAACCACCAAACGCUCCGCUGGAGACAUGUACAGCAGUUCCUCAUUUGACCUCGACUAUGACUUUCAGAGAGAUUAUUAUGACAGAAUGUACUCGUACCCGUCCCGUGUGCCUGCUCCCCCGCCCCCCUUGUCACGGGCCGUGAUCCCGUCCAAGCGCCCGCGGGUCAGCUUGAGUGGAGGAAGCAGCCGGCGAACCAAGAGCAGCUUCUCCUCUUCUUCCAAGAGCAGUCAGAGGACUUCCUCGUCCAGAACAAUGAAGGUGGAUGAACUGCAGACCAUCAAGAGGGAGUUGACCCAAAUCAAAAGCAAAGUGGACGACCUGCUGGACAGCCUGGAGCGCAUGGAGAAGGACCACAGCAAGAAGUCAGAUGCUAAGAGUACAAAAACUGAGCCAGGAGAAGUGACCUCUCCUCCGCACCCGAGCAACAAGAAGGACGAGGGACUGAAGAGAGACAGGGAGAGCCAGGAGAUGAAUGACUCAGAUGAAGAUGACGAUGAUGAAGAGGAGGAAGGAGACCUGCUGGAGGACGAAGAGCCCUCACACUUUUUCAAACGGCAGGUGAAGAGUCAAGAGAGGGAGGAUGAAGAGGAAGAAGAGGAGGAGGAGGAGGAAGGCGAGCACGUUGAAGGCGACGACGAUGGCGACAGUGUCAACGGCGAUGAGGACUCAUAGACACGGAUCACACCGACGCAUGCGGCGUACACACAGCUUCCAGUAGGAACUCGGACUCCUGUUUUAACACUCAUAUUGUAGAUACAAAAAGCAAGCGUGCACACACACGAGCAUGGUGCACACACUCUGUUGUUCCAUUGUCCCAAAAGCCGUCUUUUUUUUUUUUUUUUUUUUUGGUUUAUUUUGUUUGCCAGUUGUCCAGUAUCACUGUAAUGGGAAUAAUUAGCUGUAGGUUUCGGAUUGUGUUUUUACUGCGUCCUCACUGGUCUUCAGGAGAUAGCAGAAACAUGGACUGUUCAUGUUCUCAGAGACAACAGCUCGAAGGACAUGUCUUAACGCGAGGACGAAAAUUCAGCUACAAAAGGCCGUUUUUAGGUUCAAUGUAUUUGUUUCCCUCAACGGUGAGUUUGUUUGACCUUGUGUGUCUGUAUGUCAAUGUCAGUUUUUUAUACUAUUCAGUUUCAGUUUAACUGUAAAGGAUUAAAUUGCAAUAAAAUAUUAAAACGGAAAGCGCUCUUA